GCGCACUGUGCGCGCCGAGCGGGCGGAGGGCUAGCGCCGGCGGCGGCGGCGCGGGCAGUCCCAGCCGACAGCCGCUCCAUCUCAGCACCGGCGGGCCCGGCGGCCUUGGUGGAAGGGACCUUGCGCGCUCUCCUCUGUCCCUCGCUCCACGCCUGGGGCAGGCGCGGCGGCCGUCCCGGAAGAGGCAGCCGAAAGACAGUCGAACCAGACCCGCGAGAGAGGGCAGCGGCGCUCGAACAGUUGGUGGGCGCGAGGCAGAUACUCAGGCGAGGAGGAGACCGCCGCUGCUGUCCGCAUGCUGGUCCCGGCGAUGGGGAGCGGCGGGGCCCGCGGGAACUUUGAAGGCAGCGGUCCCGGGGCGUGAGGGCUGCGCGCUCCCGGCGACCCCGGAGCCUCGGCCCCGGCGGCAGCGGCGGAAGCGGCUGCGAGCCGCGGGCCCCGGCGCGGCCGGAGAGGAAGUUCUGUGCAACUUCGUUCGAGACGUCGGAGAGCCGGGUGGAGAGAGGCUGAGGCGGCAGGUGCGAGGCGCAGACGCGGAGGAGCGGAGAGAAAGCAUCCGGGGAGCCCGAGCGGCCGAGGAGACUCCAGAGGCAGCGAGGCCGCGGAACCAGCCUGGCAGCACGCGGGCCCCGAGCGCGCCGAGGGCUGCGUGUCCCGCGGGCCUCCCCGCCCGCUCCUGCCGGAGGCCGGGCGCUCCUGGCCGUCCCGCAGCCGGGCCUCUGCGCUAUGCCCCCGGGGCUGCGCGCGCCUUGGCCGCAGCUACCCCGGGCCGGGUCCGCAGCCGCCGCCUGAGCCAGCCCGGGAGGGAAGCCGCAGGAGCUGGGCGCCCGCUCGCAGCCGGACUGCACUAGCGCCUUCCCGCCUGCGGGCGCAGCAAUCGGCGAUCUCCGGCCCGGCGGCUCUGAGAGAGGCCCCGAAGCUCCAGCGGCGUUGUCUGAACCCAGCUCGCACAGUGCCUGGCCUGACGGCGCGGCUCCCUAGCGGCGCUGGGCAGCCCCUUGGCGCCGGGAGGCGGCGGCGUGGGCCGGCCUGCAGUCUGGAGCGCCCCGAUGGAAAUACACUGUAAGCACGACCCGUUUGCAUCCAUGCAUAGACAUGGAGGAGUGAAUCAGCUUGGGGGGGUUUUUGUGAACGGACGGCCACUCCCGGAUGUAGUCCGCCAAAGGAUAGUGGAACUUGCUCAUCAAGGUGUCAGGCCCUGCGACAUCUCCAGGCAGCUUCGGGUCAGCCAUGGUUGUGUCAGCAAAAUUCUUGGCAGGUAUUAUGAGACGGGGAGCAUCAAGCCUGGGGUAAUUGGAGGAUCCAAACCAAAGGUCGCCACACCCAAAGUGGUGGAAAAAAUUGCUGAGUAUAAACGCCAAAAUCCCACCAUGUUUGCCUGGGAGAUCAGGGACCGGCUGCUAGCGGAACGCGUGUGUGACAAUGACACGGUGCCCAGUGUCAGUUCCAUCAACAGGAUCAUUCGGACAAAAGUACAGCAGCCACCCAACCAGCCGGUCCCAGCUUCCAGCCACAGCAUAGUGUCCACGGGCUCGGUGACGCAGGUGUCGUCGGUGAGCACGGACUCAGCCGGCUCCUCGUACUCCAUCAGCGGCAUCCUGGGCAUCACGUCCCCCAGCGCCGACACCAACAAGCGCAAGAGAGAUGAAGGUCUUCAGGAGUCCCCGGUGCCCAACGGUCACUCCCUGCCGGGCCGAGACUUCCUCCGGAAGCAGAUGCGGGGAGACCUGUUCACGCAGCAGCAGCUGGAGGUGCUGGACCGCGUGUUCGAGAGGCAGCACUACGCGGACAUCUUCACCACCGCGGAGCCCAUCAAGCCCGAGCAGUGGUGCCCCGUGCUGACGAGACAGUACUCGGUGCAGCCCCAGGCAGUCCUUUUCCAGACCACUGAGUAUUCAGCCAUGGCCUCGCUGGCUGGAGGGCUGGACGACAUGAAGGCCAACCUGACCAGCCCCACCCCCGCCGACAUCGGGAGCAGUGUGCCAGGGCCGCAGUCCUACCCCAUUGUGACAGGCCGCGACUUGGCAAGCACGACCCUCCCUGGGUACCCUCCGCACGUUCCCCCCGCUGGACAGGGCAGCUACUCCGCGCCGACGCUGACAGGGAUGGUGCCUGGGAGUGAGUUUUCUGGGAGCCCCUACAGCCACCCUCAGUACCCCUCGUACAACGACUCCUGGAGGUUCCCCAACCCGGGGCUGCUCGGUUCCCCGUACUAUUACAGCGCCGCGGCCCGGGGGGCUGCCCCGCCUGCAGCCGCCACUGCCUAUGACCGCCACUGACCCUCGGAGCUGGGCGGCGCCACGCACUUAAGACAUGUCACUGAGGGUGAUAGCCUCCCACCCCCUCUGGAGACAGCCAGAGGGGCCCAAUGAGGCUGUCCCCCAGCAACCCCCCACUCGCCUGAAACUCCUUCCCCCUUUUCCUGCCAGGACUCUGGGGUUCUAUGGGGGAGCUGUAGGACUUCUAGACACCUGUCCAUUUCUGAGUCAAUCAAUGAGCUUCUCCCAACGGCAACUGGGUGUCCACAAAGCAACAGACUGUUCUGCAGACAACUGCAGCCCCAGCUCAGCCUGCCAGUCCCCCAGCUGUCUGACCAUCCGUCUGUCUUCCUGCCCCAGGCCUGGGAAGGAGAGCUUGCUUUUGCUGCUUUGGCAGCACCAUGUAAAUACCUGCUUGCUUUUCUAUGGGCCCAAGGGUCCAGCUGAGCAGACUGCCCACCGUGAUGCACCCUGCGCUCCCAAUGCUCACAGGACAUCUCAGACCUGUGUGCAGAGC